UUAUAGUGUGAGCGAGCGAGCUCGUGAUUUCAGAACAAAAGUGGCGCCAAAACUAGGGUUUUAGAAAUGGUUAUGGAAUCAAAAUCCCCGAGUUGUAAUUUAGGGGUUUUAGAUUCUUUAACUCAGGAAUCGAUUUCUGAGAUUUUAGUGAGUUGGGAAAGUUUUCGAUUGAGUACUGAAACUCUACUUAAAGAUACUGGAAAUCUAUCAAUUGGAUCAGAUUUUAUUUCUACUGUACAUAUCCUUUCUAAACACGGGUUACAAUCUCUCCUUCAAGAUCAUUUUCUUCAAGCACUAGAGGAAACAUUUGAGAGAAAUGGGGUUUUAAAGUUUUGGCAGCAUUUUGAUGCUUACAGUGAUCUUGCGAUUCUGGAGACGAACCCAUUUGAAAUGAAGGAAGAGAGUGUUCAGAGAGUAUUGUGUAAAGCUUUAGAAGAGAUAUGUUUGGAAAAACAGUAUCAAGAAAAAUGUCUUUUAAUGCAAGUUCACGCGUUACAAUCGUACCAGGAUGUUAUAUCCAAGGGAAGACAUCCAUCAGAUGUUGAUAGAGUUCGUUUGCUUUCUCGAUACCAAUUGAUGGUGUCUUCGGUUCUUAUGACUUCCCUUCCUCGCCAUUUCCCUGAGAUACUCCGCAUGUAUUUCAAGGAAAGAUUGGAAGAAUUAAGCACAAUGAUGUCAGGAGAAUAUGAAGAUGGUAAUGCCAAAGAUGAUAUGGAUGUUGAUGAAACUUUCCGUGAGAAGAAAAUCUCUGAGAACAACAAACUAGUAAGAAACAUUGGGAAAGUUGUCCGUGAUCUUAGAGGUCUGGGAUUUACGUCUAUGACUGAAGAUGCCUACGCAUCUGCUAUAUUCUUGCUUCUAAAGAGUACAGUUCACAAUUUGGCUGGUGAUGACUAUAGGAAUUCUGUUUUGGAGUCGAUUAAAGAGUGGAUUCAGAAUGUUCCUCUCCAAUUCUUGCGCGCCCUCCUAGCUUAUCUUGGAGAUUCAGUUAGUUAUGAUAGCCCCACAUCUGGUCUGAAAUCACCAUUGGCUUCACAUCCAUCUUCUUGCUAUCCUGGAAUCAAUACUCCCUCUGAAGGACUUGUCAGAUGGCAAUUGCGCCUUGAGUAUUUUGCGUAUGAGACACUGCAAGAUUUAAGGAUAGCCAAGCUCUUUGAGAUUAUCGUGGAUUAUCCCGACAGUUCUCCUGCAAUUGAAGACUUAAAGCAAUGCCUAGAAUAUACUGGCCAACACUCAAAGCUUGUUGAUUCAUUUAUAUCUGCUCUAAGAUACCGCUUGCUUACAGCUGGUGCCUCAACCAAUGACAUUUUGCACCAAUAUGUUUCAACCAUCAAAGCACUCCGGAUAAUAGAUCCCACAGGUGUUUUCCUUGAAGCAGUAGGUGAACCAAUAAGGGACUAUUUAAGAGGAAGGAAGGAUACAAUUAAAUGUAUUGUCACCAUGCUUACUGAUGGACCUGGUGGAAAUCCAAAUGGGCCUGGAAACCAAGGGGAUGGUCUUCUUGAGGAGUUAAAUAGAGAUGAAGAUAGUCAAGAAAAUACUGGCUGUGAUGAUGAUUUCAACUCUGAUGACAAACAAUCAUGGAUCAACGCUGAGCGCUGGGAGCCUGACCCAGUAGAAGCUGAUCCAUUAAAGGGUAGCAGGAAUAGAAGGAAAAUUGACAUACUUGGGAUGAUUGUUGGCAUCAUUGGUUCUAAAGACCAGCUAGUUAAUGAGUAUCGUGUUAUGCUGGCUGAAAAACUUCUUAAUAAAUCUGAUUAUGAAAUCGAUUCAGAGAUACGUACAUUAGAACUCCUCAAGAUACACUUUGGAGAGAGCAGCAUGCAGAGGUGUGAAAUUAUGCUUAAUGAUCUCAUUGAUUCCAAGAGGACAAAUACAAAUAUAAAACAAACUUUGGCUCAAUCGUCUCAAAGAGAUGGUGAGCAAGGAGAAACGGAAGUCUCUCUACAUCAUGUUGACGCAACAAUCAUAUCUGCAAACUUUUGGCCUCCAAUACAGGAUGAAACCCUUAAUGUACCAGAAGCUGUUGAUCAUCAACUUUCUGAUUAUGCAAAAAGGUUCAAUGAAAUCAAAACCCCUCGCAAGCUAAUAUGGAAGAAGAACCUUGGUACUGUGAAGCUGGAAUUGCAAUUUGAAGAUCGAGAGGUGCAGUUCACAGUGCCUCCUCUGCAUGCUGCAAUCAUUAUGCAAUUUCAAGGCCAACAAACUAGUUGGACCUCAAAGAAUCUUGCUGCAGCUGUUGGGGUACCUGUGGACACACUUAAUCGGAGGAUUAAUUUCUGGAUAAGUAAAGGAAUCCUUUCAGAAUCACUUGGAAAGGAAUCUGAUAAUCACGUAUUUACUCUUGUGGAUGGAGCGGCCAGGAAUGGCGUGAACAGUGCAAACUGUGAGGAGGCAGCUGAUGAGGAUGGAGAGAGAUCCGUGGCCUCAGUUGAGGAGCAACUACUGAAAGAGAUGACUGUAUAUGAGAAAUUCAUCUUGGGUAUGCUUACUAAUUUCGGAAGCAUGUCAUUGGAUCGGAUUCAUAAUACUCUAAAGAUGUUCUGUGUGGCGGAUCCUCCGUAUGACAAAUCACUUCAACAGCUGCAAGGCUUUCUUUCUGGUCUUGUAUCAGAAGAAAAGUUGGAAUUAAGAGAGGGAAUGUACAUUCUGAAAAGAUAGUGAUGUAGAUAGGUUGAGUGCGGCCUUUACUUUUAAAGACGCACUUGAUUUCCUGAAAUGUUCGAAAGAAUCAGAAUGAACCCAUGAUUUCCAGCACAACUUCGUGUACCCCAAAUACUGGGUUUUUGGAAUCAUACCACACAUUUCAGGGGACCAGCAAUUAAGACAGUCAUUGUCUGAUAACUAGCUAGUAUAUUCUUCUUAUGAAUGGGAAUUGAGGCAAAAAAUGUGGAAAUGAGGAAUAAAAUUCCCUAUUGACCCGAUAAGAUAAGAUGUGGUUAUGGAGUAGCGUAUAUAUAUUUAGGCUACACACAUGUAGGUACUCUUUGACUCAUUCAUUUGUUAUUAGCUUAUUACCAGUUCCCCACCUAUACCAGUUACAGGCACUGUAAGUUUCCAAGAAAAAAGAGAAAGAAAUAGUCCACCACCUCUCUGUAUCUCCCACAAAACCCAAUCACUUUGCCGGAUUUCUCAAGUAGGAUGCCGUCGAUAACGUAUUUUGCACAGUUGUUAUCGCUGCUUUGGAGAGUUGUAUUUUGCUUGUCAGAAGCUGUGGCUGAUCUCUUCACUAGAAGGCUUUAGUCUUCUCUCUUUUCCUGGUUUUAGAUUUAGAUUUUUGUGAUUGGUUUCGUACAUAAUUCGGGAAUAUGGUCUCUCAAUUAUGAGGUAAUUGAAUGGAAAUCAGAAUUUUGAUGGUCUGUUAACCAUGAGGUAAUUGAAAUUGAAAUUUCUUAAAGUACUGUGGAUUUUUGUAUACCUACUAGUCAGCUGUAUGUUGUAUCAAUUCUUAUCAUCAUAUAGAAACUAUAACAACCAUAUCAUCAUCAUCAUCAUUUAAUUGAAAUACAGGACUCAUCUAUCAGAAGAUUUCUUGUCUGGAAGAAAGAUUUUGGGAAAAAUAUCUGGUCUGUGUUUAUCUGAAGAUUAAUUUUUUUUUUUGAGAGAGAUCAGAAGAUUUUUUUAAUUGAAAUACAGUAGGAAUGGUCUGGAACAAAGAUUUUGGGAAAAAUUGCUGGUCUGUGUUAUCAGAAGAUUAAUUUUUUAGGAGGGAUCACAAGACAAUGAUUAUAAAAAUAGUGAUGUCAUGAUGAUGAGGGAUAGAGUUUUGUUUUCCUGGACAAGAAUAUAUGUAGGAGUUUCUUUUCCUGUUUCUUUUUUUAUGUGAGACACAAAAUUUAUUUUAUUCUCUUAUUUUUUUUCUUCUCUUA